AUGGCCGUUCCGGACACGGGAGGGCUUUUACAAACUGGUCACCCUCUCCGAUUCCCGGCUCCGGUCCCGGCUCAGUCCCGGGGGGAGGUGGCGGAGCUCCUGGUCCCGCUGCAGCUUCCUCGGCUUCUGCCGCCGCCGCCGCUCCUUCCCUACUCCCCACAGAGGCUGAUCGACAAGUCCAAGGUGACGUGCCUCAAGUGGCUGCCCGAGUCGGAACACCUCUUCCUAGCCUCUCACACCAGCGGGACCCUCUACCUGUACAACGUGGGGCACCCGUGUGGCACUGCGGCUCCCCAGUAUUUGCUGCUGCGACAGGGCGAUGGAUUCGCUGUCUACACCUGCAAGGGCAAGACGCCCCGCAACCCGCUGCUCCGCUGGGCUGUGGGCAAGGGCGGGCUCAACGAGUUUGCCUUCUCUCCCGAUGGCAGGCACCUGGCCUGCGUGGGGCAGGACGGCUGCCUGCGGGUCUUCCACUUCGACUCCAUGGAGCUCCAGGGGGUCAUGAAGAGCUACUUCGGGGGGCUGCUCUGCGUGUCCUGGAGCCCCGACGGGAAGUACUUGGCUACGGGCGGGGAAGAUGACUUGGUGACGGUGUGGUCCUUAGGGGAGAGCCAGGUCAUCGCCAGGGGCCACGGCCACAAGUCCUGGGUCAACGUGGUGGCUUUUGACCCGUUCACCGCCAGCUUGGAAGAGGACGGGUCUGUGGAGUUCAGAGGGACCGAGGAAGACCUUCAGGAGCCCGUUCGCUUUGGGCAUGUGCGCAGCAGCAGUACCCUGUCCUGGCUCUCCAAGCACAGCUCCAAAGCGGGCACCUGUGUCACCUACCGCUUCGGCUCCGUGGGCCAGGAUACCCAGUUUUGCCUGUGGGACCUGACCGAAGACGUCCUCUAUCCUCACCUGCCUCUGUCGCACGCUCGGACGCUGACCAACACCUUCAGCUCUGUAAUACAUCCUUCAGUCAGCGGGGGGAGCAGUCUCUGCAAUCUCGGAGCGACAAUCAGCACUGCCACCUCAAUCGAGGGCACUGCUGGGCACCACCACCCUCCGCAUGGCCCGGCCCUGCCCCGCUCGCUCUCCAGCUCCAACUCCCUGCCCCACCCCGCCGUCACCAACACCAGCAAGGGGCAGGCGGCCUCCGAAGGGGGCGCCCCCUUCAGUGUCGGGCGCUUCGCCACCCUCUCGCUGCAGGAGCGCAAGUCGGACAAGUCCGCGAGCGACAAGGAGCACAAGCGCUACCGCAGCCUGGGGAACAUCAGCAAGAGCAACGACAAGAUCAACGCGGUGACCCGCAGCAGCCGCCUCGAAGCCGCCAAGGUGCUGGGCACGACCCUGUGCCCGCGCUUGAACGACGUGCCCCUGCUGGAGCCGCUCGUCUGCAAGAAGAUCGCCCACGAGCGCCUCUCCAUGCUCAUGUUCCUCGACGACUGCAUCAUCACCGCCUGCCAGGAGGGCUUGAUCUGCACCUGGGCGCGCCCCGGGAAGGCAGCUUUGACAGCACAGAAUGGCAGCUCCCCAGGUGGCACGGUGGUGUAG